AUGGUUCAUGCGGAUUUGUCGCUGCACUACGUUCUGGAGGAUUUGCUAGCCGCCAUGGGUGUCCAUGGACUCUUCAAUGACAUUACGCCCAAGUUCGUCGUCGAGUUUAAAACCCCGUGGGCGUUUCGGUUCGAGGACUUGUUGACGCAUUGGGAUCAGCACAAGAACAAUGACGGCGACAAGGUUGUCAAGGCGAUAUCGGAGUUGUAUGGGUACAUGACCUUCAACGUUUUGCGAUACGGCGCCCUCACCACAUCCACAAAGACCUUGUUUUUCAAGAGAAUAUACAAACAAGCGGGGAGCGUUCUACUGGAAGUCGACGAGGAUUGGCUUUACGUGUCGCCAUCUGCUAUCCCGUCACGACCCAGUAGAGGUCAGCUUCAAGCACGGCAGCUUGGUCUUGGAGCUACUGUUGACAUCACGACCAUCAGUUUGGACAAGGCAGGGCUUGGCUGUGUGGUGGAAGGAACCUUCGAAGGAGAGGCGGUGGUCAUGUAG